AUGGAUCAGGUAUUGUCAUACAACGAUGAUGAACACAUUGAAAGCCGAUUGAUGAAAUCACAAUGUUUAGAGUUGGCAUAUCAGGAAGCACUGCAGAAUACAGAAUUAAUCGUUAAAGAUGAAGCGAGCAGACGACUCAGACUACAGAUACUCUUAUUGGAAAAUGAGAAUGAUGAAUUGCACGUUCAACUGGCCACUGAGGAGGACCGAAUCGAUGGAGUAGAGGAAGAAAAUGAGGAUUUGCGAGCACGUCUUGAGCAGGCUCAAGAAGAUACGAAGAAGGUUGAAACAGACUUAAGAAUGCAGACACGAGAACUUAAUAAUGUCAAGGCGGAGCUAAAAUCUAUGAGUGGAGUAACAAUGGACUCGACGAAGGUUCUUACAGAGAAGCUGGCUCUUACCCGUGAGGUCGCUAUAUUGAAACCCGAGUUGGAACAUUUACGUUCGCAAGUUGCACAUCAACAAUCAAUUCUAGCGGAGAAGUUGGCACUUGAGCGACAAGUUAGCACUCUAGAGGUAGAACUAGAAACGGAGCGUCGUGCUUUGAAUCGUGCCACUGAAAAGAACAACGACCACUCAAAGGAGGUUGAGCUUCAACAAAAAAUUGAGGCACUGCAGAAAGAUAUUUCGGAGGAAAAGCGAGAAAGAGAGAAGGUUGAGAAAGAGAUGGCGAAAGAAGCAUCUGCUGCCCAGAAGGAGUUUGCACAAGAGAAGCGUGAAAUUGAGAAGAGCCACAAAGAGACAGAGAAGGAGACAGAGAUCCUUCGUAAGGAGCUGGUAAUUCUGAAGCGUGAGAACGAGGGGCGGCAAGCUGGAGAGAAGGAGAUAGAGGCUCUUAAGAAUGAAAUCGCACUUUUAAAGAGCAAAAAUGAAAAAGGACAGCAAUCUGGCGAAAAGGAAAUCGAGGCUCUGAGAAAAGAGUUCUCGCAAACGAAGCGAGAAAUCGAAAAAGCACACAAGAACACACAGAAGGAGUUGGCCGCUUCUCAAGCUCAGGUGGAAACUUUGGAAAGUGAAAUUGAUCAGCUUCGUGAUAGUGAGAAAGGGCAGAAACGGGGUGAGGAGGAAGUGGAGGUCCUCAGAAAGGAAUUUGCCCAUACAAAGCGAGACAUUGAAAAGGCUCAUAAGGACACACAGAAAGAGUUGGCGGCUUCUCGGGUUUUGAUCGGAUCCCUAGAGAGCAAGGUUGAGCAGCUCCGUACCAAAAUGUGCGCCGCAAGAGAACAGUUGAAAGAAUGUCAGGCUGAACUGAAUGAGGCACGCACUGCAGCUCUGAAGCUCCCCGUUGUGACAAGUCGGGAGGCCAUUCCAGUGAAAGAUUCACGCAAGAGAUCUGCCCGAGAGAUGAACAUGGAUAUCACUAUUGGAACGCCGGAUGGAGUAGCAGGACGCGGAAAGCGAGCUGUGGCAAACAGGGGUAGGGCUGACCAGACGAUGUUGGGAGAAAAGUCAACGUUUUCCAUCACACCCUACCUGAACAAGACGAUCAAUAUGGCCCCAGAUACACCAGAAAGUGGAGAAUCGCCCGGAGAUAUGGAUGGAAAAGUAACGGAGACAGAAAGAUCUAUUGAGGACGACCAGUUACCGGAAGAACAGGAGGAGAGUCCUGAAUCACCUGUACAGCAGGUCAAACCCAAGCUUAAGGCAAGGAAGAAGCUAGCCGACAAAUCCUCUGGUGACGAAAAGAAAGUGUUGGUCGAAGCGAAGACUGGUACCAAGAAUAAGAAGUCUGUAGCCCAAAAACUUAAGGAAUCGCGUACGUUGGAUAAAGUUACAGAGGAAGAUGAAGGGGACGAAAAUGAACAACCCAAGAAACCUGCAGCGCGCAAAAUCAAGGCACAACGCAUGCUAGAGAAGGUUGCCGAGGAAGAGGAUGAAGAUGAAAACGAACAGCCUGAGGAACCAGAAAAUUCCGAAGAGCGAGAAAUUGCAAAGCCCAUAAAAGCUAAGGCAAAGGCUAUGGAGGAGCCAGAGCAAAAGAAGAAGAAACGUAAAGUCCUUGGAGGCGGUGCCAAGACACUAUUUGAUGACGAGGAUGGCGAAGCUCCCAAGAAACCGGCAAAGAUAGCACUUGGCCCAGCGAGGUUGCUGGGUAAAGGUGGUCUCGCUGGACCAAGGGGAGGGCUAAAAGGCGGCCUCGCAACUGGUGGUGGGUUCGGAGCAUUCUCGCCUUUGAAGAAGGAUCGUAGGGGUGCUGGAGCAAGUUUCUUAGCAUAA